AUGACGGAAUCCACUGAUGAAAGCACAAUGUUCUCUGCAGUUGUUACAACCUGGGGUGAAGCACCCAAAUAUGCUCAAGUGCCUAUACCAUCGCCCAAAUCAGACGAAGUCCCGGUCAAAGUCAUCUGUUCAGGCCUGCAUAUUGUCGUCCGCUCCAUCGCCAGCGGCAACCACUACGCCUCUGGAGACUUGCCCUACACUCCCGGCAUCGAUGGCAUAGGUCGCCGCCUGUCCGACAACAAACUUGUCUACUUUAUCAGCUUUCCCAGUGGUGGCUUCCAAGAGACCCUAAAUGUCGAGCACAGAAAGAUGGUAGAGUUGCCUGAUGGCGUGGACCCCUAUCAGGUUGCUGGCUAUGCCAAUCCCGCACUGUCUAGCUGGAUGGCGUUGACUGCACGAACAAAGGACCUACCUGAGAACUUUACUGUGCUUGUCAUGGGAGCCACCAGCGCUAGCGGCAAGGUCGCUGUCGAAGUCGCACGGGCUCUAGGCGCCGGCAAGGUCAUUGGAAUGGCUCGUAAACUGGAGACACUAUCCAAGGUCGGUGUCGACGAGAUAAUCGUCCUUGCCAACAACAUUUCGGACACGGAUUGCAGUGCUGCAGCCGAAGCAGAUGUCAUACUCGACUAUCUGUACGGACCUGUUGCGCAACAUGUGCUUUCUACUGUCAACUUCACGCGUCCAGUGCAGUAUGUGCACAUUGGAGGUCUUUCAGGCACGGAGAUGGUGUUGCCAGGCCACGUACUCAGGUCAAAAGACAUCACCAUUCGCGGUGCCGGGCCUGGCAGUUGGUCUCGCGAAGCCAUGCGUCCAGAGGUCCCCAAGAUCUUGAACGCUUUCAAGACGUUCAAGAAGCAGGAGGUCAAGGUUGUACCUUUGAGCGAGAUUGAAGAGCACUGGCAUAACAAGAGCGAACGCAUUGUUUUCACGCCUUGA